UCGUUAAUCUUGAUUUCACUGAUUUAUACUAGAUUUCCGUCUCUUUCUCGAACACGAGAAUAUGAGGAUGAAUACAAGUGACAGUCAUGUUGUAUAUAUAAAUGAUAGAAUGAUAAUAUUACAAGAGUAAUAAAACUGAUAAGAUGACAUUUAUCAGUCCGCCAAUUAUUAAAGGAACGAAUAAACUGCUGACAAUUUAAAAAAAAUACUCUACUGACACGUUGCGAUAAUUCAACGAUAUAUCAAAUGUCGCGUAAGUGCAUCGCCGUUUUGACAGUGUCACCACAUUUAGCAUCCCACCAUUCUCUCAUCAGACGAGUGACUGUGCACGUUGUAGACUGAUAAAUACGUACGUCGGUACGAUCAAUUCAUUUUAGUUAAAGGUGUUCCAGCAAAAGCUUGGUAUCAACAAAGUUAUAUUUCUUCCGCCAAUUCGUCAUCGGAACAAGGUCGUUUCAUCAUUCAAACUCGUUGAACAUGGCUUCAGCAAGAGGUUUUUCGACUAUAGCCAUUCAUGCUGGACAGGAUCCGCAACAAUGGACACAUGCUUCAGUUGUUCCUCCUCUGGUGAUGUCUACGAGUUUUCAACACGAUGCUCCAGGGCAGCACAGAGGUUACGUUUACGGCAGAAGCGGCAAUCCUACGCGCACCGUACUGGAAACAUGUUUGGCAGCUUUAGAAGAUGGCAAACACUGUCUGACGUUUGCCUCUGGCUUAGGCGCAACGACUGCAAUUACAGCUUUAAUACAAGCAGGAGAUCACUUAGUCGCUUCAGAUGAUCUUUACGGUGGAACCAACCGUUUGUUCCAAAAAUGUUUGAUCAAGCAGAAUAUAAAAUCGACAUUUGUCGACAUGACUAGUGUACAGAAUGUUAUAGAUGCCAUACAACCAAAUACAAAGAUGAUCUGGCUGGAAUCGCCGAGCAAUCCAUUGUUAAAAGUUGUAGAUCUUAAAGCUCUUGUCGAUGCCGUGAAAUCUCGUCGUCCAGACAUUAUUGUAGUUGUCGACAAUACCUUCUUGACAUGCUAUUUUCAAAAACCACUCGAGUUUAAAGUUGACAUUUCAAUGUAUUCACUUACGAAAUACAUGAACGGACAUUUGGAUGUUCUUAUGGGUGCUGCAAUCACGCGCCGGGACGAUCUCGGAGAAAAGUUGCGAUUUUUGCAAAAAGUCAUGGGCAUCGUUCCAUCACCUUUUGACUGCGCCUUAGUUAAUCGUAGCAUAAAAACUCUCGAGCUUAGAAUGCAGCGGCACAUGGAAAACGGCUUGGCUGUGGCCAAGUUUCUAGAAUCUCAUUCGAAUGUCGAGCGAGUUCUCCAUCCCUAUCUCCCGUCACAUCCACAGCACGAUGUUGCACUUAAACAAUCAACCGGACACAGUGGAAUGGUCUCCUUUUAUCUGAAAGGCAACUCUCACAAAUUCCUGAAAGCAUUGAAAGUUUUCACUCUAGGUGCAUCCUUAGGAGGUUGCGAAUCGCUAGCCGCAUUACCAUGCAUUAUGACGCAUGCAUCCGUACCGGAAGAUGAACGAGCAGCGUUAGGCGUAACUGAUCAAUUGAUCAGACUGUCUGUCGGUCUGGAAUCGAAGCAGGACCUCAUAGCCGACAUCCAACAAGCAUUAGAUGCCAGUCAAUAAAUUAAGAAAUGCAAGAUAACAGCGAAUUAAUAACAGAUAUUUUAAUCUAUAUAUAUUAACUCUGUGUUCGCGCGUAUAACUAACGUCAGGUACAAUCUAAUAGAUUUCUAUAAUGCAUAUAUGAAUAUUACAUCAAGUUCACCUAUCAAUAGGUAUACGAAGAGAUUUUAUUUUAUAAAAUAUUUUUACAUUCCAUAGUUCUCAGAUUUAUAUUAGGAACACUAUACGACGCGGCAAUGUUUUGACAUGUUAUUGUUCGUUCCGAUUUCUUUUGGUUUUGUUUGUGCCUUUCUGAGAAUGUGCGAAUUUUCUGAAGAAACAACGAAUUACAUUUUUAAAUUAAUAUACAGUUAUUAUGUUGUAAAGUACGAAUAAAAAAAUAUCAAAUACUCUUAUUGUUAGUGAAUCAUAAAAAUUGACUUCAUAACCGAGAAAUACAAUAAACAUGAUUUGCAUUGAUUGCACCUUGCCUUAAAAUAAUAUAUACUCGCUGAGAAAUACCGUUAUAUAAAAACUGGACAUUAUUUGUACUACAAUGAUUAUAAGACUUUUGUUAGUGAUUAUAAGACAAAUCAAGAGACAUUUCAAAGAUGUUAUGUAAAAGUGUUGGCAACACGUUUGCUUUAUUAUGGAUAUUUUAUAUGAUAUUGUGUGACGCGACAAAUGAAGUACAUUUUUUUUAUCAAUAAUGCGCCACACAAUAAUUGCUAUUCUUUAGCAAUAAAUACACGUAAAUUUAGCAAAUUUUGCCAUAAAUAAAUCUUUAUUUGAUAUUUC